AUGAGGAGAAAGACUUGGCGUCUGCUCGCCAAACGCUGGCUGCUCUGCGGGGUCUUCUGGCAGGUGACUCUGGAGAUGCAGAUCAUGCAGAGGCCGACGCAGCGACCCCCUCUGCAGCGAGCCCAGCUACGAAAGCUAGCUGCCAUGUGCAGCCAUCACAGCCACAUUUCUUGCCAGGGUGCGGAAGCCAAGCUCAGCAACAGAUGGACGAGACGCCGCGGCCCAGGGAGGCGUACUUCAUCCAGGGCGGGCACGUGGAACGACUGGAAGCCCGCGGCGAUGACAUGGGAUGGGGCCAGUUUCGCGCACACCGUCACGCUGGGCGAGCAGGGCUGGGAGAGCUUCCAGAUCCUGGCCGAGGGCAAGUGGGGGGCCACCCUGUACCCCAGCUGCGCGGAUGCGAGCCCGCACGUGGCGCACGAGCUGCUGGGCCCCGACGGCCUGGGGCACGCGAAGAACUGGACCAUCGGGCUGCACCCCGCCGACGAUGCAGGCCCCGGCAUGUGCUUCCGGGUGGCGCUGCGCUUCGACGAGCGGGGCCGCCCCCGCGGCGUCUCCUGGAGGGCGGUCCUGCCGGAGAGGGUGGCCCUGGAGAUCUCGGCCGACGAUCUCCUGGCCGAGGCAGGGCUGCUGCUCCGCUCGGGCCGCGGGCCGCCGGCCCGCGCGGCGCGGCUCGCGCAGGAGGCCGCCGAGGUGCUGGAGGUGCCGCCACUGCAGAUCCCCCACACUUACAACCCUUUCGUGAAGCCGCCACACAAGGAUUAUCUUUGUAAAGGUCAGGGGUACCUUUUCUAUUGCUCGUCACGAGAAGAGGAGCUCGGCCUGCGGCGGCGCGCGGGCAGCGCGUGGGGUGCGGCCGCCCGGGGCCACCUGGCGCAGACGGCGGCCCUGCCUCGCGAGGGCGGCGCGGCGUGCGCGCAGAGGCGCGAGCACCACGCGCAGGCCGUGGCGGCCGCGGGCAGGGCCCUGGCGCGCCUGGCCGCCCCCGCCGAGGCGAGCGAGGCGAGCGAGGCAGAAGACUACGCUGGUGCCAGGUCCACGCUCGACAGCCUGCUGUCCAUGGAGAUUGAGCACUUCGUGUCCUCUGGCGCCCAGGACGCGUGCGCCGGCAUGCUCCAGUCGGCCGCGGCAGUCCUGCUGGACUGCGGGGCGUUCGACUGCGCAGCGGAAGUCGCGAAGGCUGCUGCCAUGCACUACGAGCGGAUCGAGAACACCGCGCAGGCCGGCAUCGCGUGGGACACGAAAGCCAGGGCGCAUGUCGACCUGCUUUGGAGCGAGCAGGGCGACGACAUCGGCCUCUCGUCGCGGCAGUGCAGGUCCGAGCACGCGAGGGCCGGCAGGGAGGCAGCCGCCAGGGCGGCAGAGCUGUUGGCCUCGGCGGGCGAUCGGGCCAGCCGGGAGAGUCUUCGCCGACCGAUCUCGGCGCGCUGCACCUCGGCUCGAGCCCACGCUCUGGACCUCUGCAAGGGCUUCGGGGAGCUGUGGCUGGCGCUUCUGCGGGAGAGCCGGGCCCCCUGUGCCGAGGGCCUCCAGCAGACCUUUGCCUACGCCCUGGGACUGGGAAGGCCGCCGCAGUACGCGAAGUUCGACGUCCGCGACGCCGUGUGCCAGGCCGCGGGCGGGUUCUCGCACGGGGAGGUUGUGCAAGACAGGGAGGGCCACGAGUACGUGGUGGUGGGUGUGCACGAGGGCGGCGACGGGGAGGGCGACCCGCCGAGGCUGUGGUUCCAGCCCAGGAGCCUCCAGAGGGCCGCCACCUGCUCCUUCCGCGGCCUCGGCAGGCGCGCGCUGAGGCACGUCCUCCGCUCUGUCGGCACUGAGCCCGCCGUGCCGGAGGGCACGCUCGAGCAGUUUGACCUCGCGGAGGACUCGGACGGCGAGCUCGUGGCCCUCUGCCACGAGUGCCUGCUGCCCCUCGGCGCGGGCGCCUACCCGAACCCGGACGGCACGGGGUCCCUGCACGGGGAGUGCCUGGGCCAGGUGCUCCUCGAGAGGGCCGAGGCGGACGACGCGGACCGGCGGCGGGAGGUGGCGCAGUGCAAGGCCCGCGACCGGCACGAGUACCGGAUCGGCUGGCGGCCGGAGCAGGUCGUCCCGCGCGCGGAGGACUUCUUCCAGGCGCGGGGCGUGCGGCCGCCGCGCGGCGCCUCCGGGGGCGGCUCGUACGGGCUGGCGCUGGAGGGGGGGAGCCCGCCGAGGGUGCGGCUCAUCGGGACGGAGGACCCCGACUGCGCCAUCAACCUGGAGUAUCUGGCGAUCGCCCUGCAGGUGCGGAUGAAGGCCGGCGUGGCGCCGUACUUCUCCCUGGACACUCCGAACACCGAAGAGCCCUGGCAGGUCAAGACCUUCGACCCCCCGUGGCUCAGUGGCACGUGCGUUGGCGAAGUGCUCUUCCAAGCGGACUACCAUCUCAAGGAGCUGUCGAUCGGGGACUUCGAGCAGCCCGUCAUGGGCAUGAGGAGCGUCUGGGACUUCGAGUGGAAAGGCGACUCGUGGAGGGGCCGCGAGUGGUUUGUGGUCAGGAGCGCCAAGGUGUUCCUGUCGGACGACAACGUGCUCAUGCCCCACGUGGAGAUGGGCGUGGAAGCCCGCCAACAGGUGGCCGAUGAAAUGCACCAGCUUGUCGACGCACCUCUCACGACAGCAGACCAUCCCCUGGUGAAGUACGCUGAGAUGUUCACCCACUACUUCGAUUUGAUCGCAGAGAGGAAGAGCGUCGUCUACCAACUGCGGGAGGUCUCAAGGGCGUCGAUUCUGGCGAAGUUCUUGGUCGACAGUGGGGUCUGCUUGGAGGAGUUCUGGCUGCAAGCCCCGAGGGAGCAGGCCGCGAAUCGGCUGGAGCUCCCGCUCACGAAGAGCGAGCGCCUGAGCUACAACGUCCUCGUGUGCGACGGCGUCCUCCAGGAGGUGCAGAACGGGGUGUUCAAGAGCGGCGUGCAGCUCAGCGGCGGCGUGGACCUCAACAUCGACGCCUUCGACCUCUCCGCGCCCGUCCGAGUGCACAAGUCCGUGGGCGGCGGCGACGCCUCGGAGCAGGCGCCAGGCGCCGCAGCCGCCGCAGACGCCGCCGAGGACCUCGCCCGGCUCUCGCAGCGGGAGCUGCGGAGCCGCAUCCGGCAGGCCGGCGGCGCCGCGCCGCCCGGGCCGGCCGACCGCGCCGAGCUCCUGCGGCAGCUCUCUGCCCUGCGGAGCGCCGCGGGCGCCGACGAGGCGCCGCCCGCGGGCGAGGCCGAGGCCUCCACGGCGGAGGCCCCCGCGACGGAGGCCCCCGGCGCCGAGGCCUGCGCGGCCGAGCACGCGGAGGAGCUGGCGCUGCUGGAGGGCGCCGUGCGGCGCGCCGUGCUGGCGGCGGCGCGGCGGGCGCGGGCGCGGGCCUCUGGCCGGGCCGGAGGCGGCGACGCUGCGCCGUGGGAGCGCGCGGGCCUGGACCCGGCGGCGGCCUCGCUGCUCCGUGAGGUGUUCGGCAGCCGCCUCUGCGACCGCCGGCCGGGGCAGGGGCCGCCCGCCGGGGACGGGUCGCGCCUGGAGUCGCUGCGCCGCCUCGUCGGCGAGGAGAGGGAUGCGCGGGCGCGGAGGCGACAGCACUUCCUUGGCGAGGACUUCUCGGCGGAGGCGCCUGGGCCGCUGUUCCCCGCGUCCUGGAGGAGCGCCUUCUCGAUCAGCUUCGGGCGGGGCGCGGGCCCGGGCGGCCGGCCCGCCCGCAGGCCGCUGGAGCACGACGGGGCAGGCGCUGCUCAGGCCCUGGGCGCGGCGGCUCCCGUGUUCGACCGGAGCACCGAGGACGGCGUCAGGUUCCGCAUCUACCGGCGCGGCUCCGUGGAGGUGCGCACCACGCAGCCCGAGGGCGGCGAUGAGGCCGUGGGGGCCGUGUUCGAGCUGUGCGCUCCCCCGCCGCCGCCGGCGAGCACGCCCGUGGUGAAGGUCUCCGAGUUCGUCCGCAGCGCCGAGUCGAGCCCGGCGCCUGAGAGGCCUGCGUACCACCACUUCCUUGUGGUGGAGACAGACCUGGGGGACGCGAUCCUCGCCGAGAGCCGUGAGGACGGCAGCGUAGCCUGGGUCCCCAACUCGCCCGGCCUCGGGGAGCUGUGCAGCCGCUCGAGGGUCCUCAGGGCCGCAGACUGCGCGGGCGCGGGCGCCACGGCGGGUCAGGUACACGCCUCUGCCAGGAGGUGCCCGCAGACGCCCUCGCUUCUUCCAGGCGGUACGCAGCAUUCGCCUUCGAGCGGCUGCUGGCGAUGGAUCCCGCUGGGGUCGCCGUGGCACAGCGGGGCUGACGUGGUCGACGCCGCAUGCCACGCGCACUCCAUCUGCCCUCGGAGGCCCAACACAGCUGGCCCUAGUAGCUCAUAA